CUCACCUACCAACACAGAUCUGUCAGACAGACUCACACACAAACGCACACACUCACAUGCAUGUCUGUCUCAGUCUAAUGACAGUUUACACACGUUGAGCGGAUCCUCUGCGCUCUCCUCCUCCUGCAUCUUCUUUUUGGGUCUCAGUCUGAAGCAUCAUCCUCUGGACAGAGCAGUGAUGAUGAUGAUGAUGAUGAGAUAGAGAAGGACAGACAGAGGGACGGUGCUUUGGGGGUUGAAAAGACUGCACUGGUUGCUGAAGCAGGGCAAGAAACCUUUGUGAGUCUCUCAGCAGGAGCAGCAUGUCUCAGAUGAAGCGAUACACUUACAGCAGGACGACGAGCAGCGGCAGCAGCAGAAUGAGUUCAGAUGGAGGUGGGCGUCCUGUAAAGGUGGGCUCUCUGGUUGAAGUCAUCGGUAAAGGUCACAGAGGCACCGUGGCUUACAUUGGAAACACCCUCUUCGCUUCUGGAAAAUGGGUUGGAGUCAUUCUGGAUGAACCCAAAGGCAAGAACGAUGGUACUGUGCAGGGCAAACGAUAUUUCCUCUGUCAGGAGAACCAUGGGAUAUUUGUACGCCAAUCACAGAUUCAGUUAGUAGAUGACGGGGCUGAUACGACAUCUCCUGAAACGCCUGAAGCCCUCACCUCCAAAAUGCUGAAGCGAGAGAUAAUUGAAGGCCUAAAGUCAAACAAAGUGCGAGGAACCAAACCCAAAAAGGCACCUACGACUCGUAAGACCACCACCAGACGGCCCAAGCAAACGCGGGCCGGUGUGGGGGUGAAGGUAGGCUCUGGAUCAGCUUCUGCUGGAGAGAUGAGCAGCAGUGAACCCAGCACUCCUGCACAAACACCACUGGCUGCUCCAGUUAUUCCUUCACCUGUGGGAGCGCUGCCCUCGCCUGGAGCUCCUCCAAUCCCCGGACCCAGCAAGGAAGAGGAGUCUCUGCGUGCGCAGGUGAAGGAUCUGGAGGAGAAGCUGGAGACGCUGAAGAUGAAGAGGACAGAGGACAAGGCGAAGCUGAAGGAGCUCGAGAAGCACAAGAUUCAACUGGAGCAACUGCAGGAGUGGAAGAGCAAGAUGCAGGAACAGCAGAACGAGCUGCAGAAACAGCUCAAGGAGGCCAAGAGGGAAGCUAAGGAAGCCCUUGAAGCUAAAGAGCGUUACAUGGAAGAGAUGGCAGAUACAGCAGAUGCCAUAGAAAUGGCCACACUGGAUAAAGAGAUGGCUGAAGAGAGAGCCGAGUCACUGCAGCUGGAGGCCGACGCGCUCAAAGAGAGAGUGGACGAGCUCACCAUGGACCUGGAGAUACUCAAACAUGAGAUAGAGGAGAAAGGUUCAGACGGAGCAGCGUCUAGUUACCAUGUGAAACAACUGGAGGAACAGAACGCUCGACUGAAGGAGGCGCUGGUGAGGAUGCGUGACUUGUCAGCAUCAGAGAAACAAGAGCAUGGAAAGCAACAGAAGCUGAUGGAGAAGAAGAAUUUCGAGCUGGAUGCACUUAGAUGCCACAAAGAGAAACUUCAGGAGGAGAUGAAGAUGGCUGAGAAAACCAUUGAUGAGCUCAAAGAGCAGGUGGAUGCCUCUCUCGGAGCAGAGGAGAUGGUGGAGAUGCUGACGGAGCGUAAUCUGGACUUGGAGGAGAAAGUGCGUGAGCUCAGAGAAACAGUAACUGAUCUGGAAGCCAUCAACGAGAUGAAUGACGAGCUCCAGGAGAACGCCAGAGAGACGGAGCUGGAGCUCAGAGAGCAGCUGGAUCUGGGCGCUGCUGGUGUCCGGGAGGCGGAGAAGAGGGUGGAGGCGGCACAGGAAACAGUGGCAGACUAUCAGCAGACCAUCCAGAAAUACAGAGAGCUCACAGCAAAUCUGCAGGAGGUGAACAGGGAGCUGAUGAGCCAGCAGGAAGCCAACUCCGAACAGCAACAACAGCCUGCAGAGAUCUUUGAUUUCAAGAUCAAAUUUGCUGAAACCAAAGCCUACGCCAAGGCCAUAGAAAUGGAGCUGCGUAAAAUGGAGGUGGUUCAAGCGAACAGACAGGUGUCACUGUUGAUUUCCUUCAUGCCGGACUCCUUCUUGAAACACGGAGGAGAUCAUGACUGCAUUCUGGCACUUCUGCUCAUCCCACGACUCAUCUGCAAGUCAGAGCUGAUCAGCAAGCAGGCACAGGAGAAGUUUGAGCUGACAGAGAGCUGCUCUCAGAAGCCUGGCAUGAGAGGAGCUGUUGGAGAGCGCCUGAGCUUUGCUGCGGGACUCAUCUAUUCUCUCACACUGCUACAGGCGGCGCUGCACAAAUACGAACAUGCUCUGAGCCAGUGCAGUGUGGAUGUGUAUAAGCGUGUGGGAUCUCUGUACUCGGAGUUGAGCGUUCAUGAGCGAUCCCUGGAUUUCCUCAUUGACCUCCUGUACAAAGACCUGCUGGAUGAAACCGUCAAUGUGGAGCCUCUUACCAAAGCUAUUAAAUACUAUCAGCACCUCUACAGUAUUCAUCUGGCUGAGCAGCCUGAGGACUGUACCAUGCAGCUGGCAGAUCACAUCAGAUUUACCCAGAGUGCUCUGGACUGUAUGGCGGUGGAGGUGGGCCGUCUGAGGGCCUUCAUACAGUCAGGACAGGAUGAGGAGGCGUUUUGUGUGCUGCUGAAGGAUCUGGACACAUCCUGUAGUGACAUAAGGCAAUUCUGCAAGAAGAUCCGCCGUCGGAUGCCGGGCACAGAUGCACCAGGCAUCCCAGCUGCCCUCAGCUUCGGCCCACAGGUGUGUGAGACGCUGGCGGACAGCAGAAGACAGCUGGCCUGGGUGAAUGCGGUCCUCCAGGAAGUGGCAGCAGCAGCCGCUCAGCUCAUCGCUCCUCUCAGUGAACAUGAGGGACUUCCAGCACUUAAACUGGAGGACAUGGCCUUUAAAGCAGCUGAGCAGAUCUAUGGGUCGCAGGGCAUAAACGCCCAAGAGUGUCUGCGCCAGUCCUGCAGCGUUGUCAUUGCAACCAUGAACAAGAUGGCAACCGCUAUGCAGGAGGGCGAAUAUGACUCUGACAGACCACAGACUGGGAUAUCUCCUGUUGAAGUCCGAGCGGCAGCACUGAGGGCAGAAAUCACUGAUGCUGAAGGACUCGGCCUCAAACUUGAAGACAGAGAAACAGUCAUCAAAGAGCUCAAGAAAUCCCUGAAAAUAAAGGGCGAAGAACUGAGUGAGGCCAAUGUACGUCUCAGUUUGCUGGAGAAGAAGCUGGACAGUGCGUCUAAAGAUGCAGAUGAGCGAGUGGAGAAGAUCCAGGCCAUCUUAGAUGAGACUGAUUCACUUCUGAAAAAGAAGGAGAAGGAGUUUGAGGAGACCAUGGAUGCUCUCCAGGCUGACAUAGACCAACUAGAGUCAGAGAAACUAGAGCUAAAGCAGAGAAUCAGCAGCCAAUCAAAGAUGACCAUUGAGGGCCUGAGAGGAAGUCAAGCGUCUGGCAUCGCCUCCAUUGUGACCUGUGGCAUCACUGCUGGUGUGUGUGCGGCAGCAGGACUGCAGGUGAUUGAUUCUCCACUGCUCACUCAGCAGAUUGAAGCUCAGAGACUCAGUAUAAAGCACUUGAAGAAUGAAAACAACAGACUGAAGGCGGAAAGGAUGCGUGCUCAGCUGGCAUCUCUCCCUCCUCUGAAUGUGCCAAAGCUGGGCUGGCGAGAGGGCUGCAGGCCUGAGGUGUUGUCCAGCGCCCUCUACCGCAAAACUGACCAACUGCUGGACACGCUGCUCCAGAUGAGUGCCAAUGUGAAAGUGGUGGACAUCACUGGGAGAUCUCCAGUGAGUCCCAGUGCGCAGCUCCUAGAGCAAACAGCACGACUGCAGUCGCUCAAUGACACUCUCGAUAGGCUCAAGGGUGAGGUUGCUGAACAUGUAGUGACUCACAGGCCUGGUGCUCAAGUUUCGUCUGAUUUUGCCACUUUUCCCUGCACCUCUUUUGUUAAGGCAAAAGAGGAGAAGAGAGGAAAUGCUGUAUUAGUGGGUCGUGUGAUGAUGCCCUGCGCUCGAGGACAGGAGCAGGUGCAUCGGCUGGUGCUUUCGCAAACACAAAUACACAGAGUCCAUCGCCUUCUCCAGACUUAACAUGAACGCAAACCAAAAAGACCAAACCUAAAGUCAGUAUCCAAAACAUGAGAAUAUAAAGACACAUGUAUCUGUGGCCACAAACCAAGAACCAUAAUAACAAUAUAUGCUUCAUUACUGUAGAUCACACAAGCAUCUGUAAAGCCAAAAUUUGUACAAAAGGGCAUGCUGAGGACAUUUUAACUAUCGGACUUUAAACAUGGCAUGAGAUGGAUGAUACAGCAUGACUCCAGCUGCUUUACACUUUAAGGGAUAGUUCACACAAAAAUGAAAAUUGCGAUCUACUUCUUCCGCUUGUUCCAAACCUGUUUGAGUUUCUGUCUUCUGUUGAACACAAAAGACAAAAAUAGACUUCCAUAGUAUUUUUUUGUUCCUAAUAUGGGUGCAUCAUUUUUCCCUACAUUCUUCAGAAUAUUGAGUUUUGUGUUCAGCAGAAGAAAGAAGUUUAUAAAAGUUUACAACCACUUGUUGUAAUGUUCAUUUUUGGGUGAAGUAUCCUUUUAACAUUUGUCUUUCUCUUCCUGAUUUGGAAUACCAUUAAUCCUUUGAUAAUAUUAAUAUAACUCAAACCAUAUAUGUGUUUAUUUAAAUGAUCACGACUUAACAAUUUUCAGCCGAUGGAAAUUAAACAGGAAAAAAAACACUACAUUAAAGAGGAGCCUCAUGAUUUAACCAGUAAACAAUCAACUGAAUACCUAGCAACCACUUGGCUGUUGCAUUGCAAUAAAAACCAAUCAAAACAAUAAACCUUAAAGCAACGAUCUGCUACACAAAGCUACACUGCUACACUAAUUUUGCAUUACACAAUAACUACUGACAUCACUAUCAGAAAAUGUUGGGAUCUUGAGAACUGGCAAUAGUAUUGACGGUUGUUUUGCUAAUCUUUGUGGAUGAGAUUGAGAUUUAGCAUCCUUUAAAUGCCAAAAAAAAAACAUUUUUUUACGUUCGCUUUUGGAGUUAGAAAAAUAGUAAAUACGAAUAAUGUGAAAUGAAAGCGCAUUUGCUGAAUAAACUCUGACGUAGCCAACAUUACAACCACGUGACUAAUCAGCUGUCUCCAUUAUGCUUGCUUUGUUUACUGUGUUGCUAGGUUACCAACACUACAGUCAGCCACUCUAAUGGGGUGUUCACAUUGGACGCGCCUUGCACAAGUACAUCAUGCUAUUUGUGCAUAAUUAAAUGCUUGAACAUGGAGUUUAUGAAAUUUAGUUCACAACAGAUGCGAAAUUGCUUCAGUUUCAUUGCAAAAAGCUGACAUGGAUUUUGUUGAGGGGGUUGUGCUUUAUGUGCUACGGAAGGCUGAAAAACGCCAUGGACUCAAUCGGCACUGUUUCUGGGUCCAUCAGAUCCUUAAGAGGCAUACACAGCUUUGGUUGAGUUUCACCAACUUCUAAAGGAACUGCACCUGGAUUAGAGCUGUAAUCAGGCCAUAAAAGUUAGGCAUGAUAGGGCCCGAGCCUGACAGAAUCUGCCCCGAGCCCGACAAGUACAUUUUGAUGGAUAGCUUUUUAAAAGCCUGAACCCAUUUACAGCCCGACAUUAUUCAAAUGUGCACAUGCACACAGCUCUUGUUUUUCAAGAAUGACUUGUUUAUAUGUUUUAACAUAAUUUAUUCAUAACAAACGUAUGAGCCACUCAGAAGUUGGAAGUAAAAAGAAAUAAAAUAAGUCCUCUGUAACAUCGUAACAUCUCAGCACUCUAAAUAGGCCUAUGUAUAUAGGCUACACUUAGCCUUUAAAUUGGCCAACACACCAAUAAAAAUAAGUAUUUCCUAACAAAUUUAAUUAAAUAAAUUCUAAAUUAUGACGGGUAUUUGGCACUAAGAAAAUUAAGAUAAAGGCUCUGCAGGAUUUGUUUCGCCACCUUUCUUCACAAUCUGGCCUUAAGGUGACGGUGAAGCUGAAUAUUAAAAGAAUAAUGCCGACAUUAGCCUAUAUACUCUGACUACAUCAUGCAUUUAUGAUUUAAUUAAUAUUUAGUUAUAAUUUGAAAAUCUGCUGCUGCUUUCACUGCUGCUGCUGCUAGCUGUGAUGCAUACAGUAGCAC